GAACAGUAGGAGCAGGCAGAAUCCAGAACCCUCCAGCGAGGGAGUCCAUCUCCUUCUCCAACCGCUUGGGUUUUACGUCUCCUCCUCCUCCAUUGAUAAACCCCCAAUUCAAGCCUCGCGCAAUCUCCAAAACCUCCCAUAAACCCCCGCAGAAGAAACCAAGCAGAAGGAAAAUCCCCGAAAGAUGUUCUUCUUCUUCGUGGGAGGGCUGGAGCAGCAGGUGAGGCUGGUGCAGAAAUCGGGUGCGGGGCGGUGCAUAGCGUGCGGGUCGAGGGCCGAUCUCGUAGACUACGACAAGGUGUUGAAGGUCUUCUUCGUCCCCGUCUGGCGUUGGCCGGGCAAGGCCCCUCUCAUGCACUGCAGCAGCUGCCACCUCUUCUUCCCUCCCUCCGCGUCCCUCCCUCCCCCGCCGCCGAGGAUGAAGGCGGAGCCCCACGGCAUGCGGUGCGGUUCCUGCGGUCGCCCCGUCGAGCCCGAGUUCAGCUUCUGCCCCUUCUGUGGUGCGGCUCUGUGAUCGUUUCACUUGCUUUUGGGCUUAAAAAGAUUCCGGGCUUUCUCUGCCCAAUUUUCACUUUUCAGGGAACAGAACAUGUGGCUAGCAAUUCUAGUCUUAUGUGUAAUCCAAUAUCUUCGCCAAAACAUUGUGCUGCAGGCACGUUUCGUUUCGUUUCUUGUUUUCUUGGUGAAGUUCAGGAGGUUAUGACAUUUCACCACAGGUCUCUUAGUUUACACAUUCUAGUGGACAAGAAUACUUCGUUCGAGUAA